CGGACACCACGCGACUGGGCUGGAGCUCCCCUCCCUACGAGAAAUAGAGAGAGAGAGGGUAGGUAAGUGCGCAACGUAACGUAAUCCACGAUGCUGCUUGUAUGUACUCUACGCGAUAUCUGGAACUUCCUUUCCGCGUGGCGGGAGAAUGAGGAGCCUGAGGAGGCACAGGAAAGGGGGAAGUGGAAAGGAGAAGAGACGUCAACGUGAAGCUGUAGACAGUCGUAUACCCGCCUGGGGACGGAUUAUUCACGAUAUCCUCCGUCCGCAACCGCCACCGCAUCCAAUCCACGGCGGGGGAACUGCGCGGUCCGCACUAGGCCAGUCAGUAACUGUACUUACUGUACUUACUAACCCGCCUGCUAUGUAUACGGUACAUACCACCCGAAUUUUCUGCUCUUGGCGGGGAAGAAGGAAGAAGGAUGGAUGGAAGGAAGGGAAGGGAAGGGAAGGGAAGGAAGGGCUUUGCCACGACCAACCGACCGACAGAUGCGUACCUACCUCCCCCUCCUCAUGCCCUAGAUACUACUCCAUUCGCAACAUAAUUUACGGACAUCUCAUCUCAUCUUCAAUCCAAUCCAAUCCAAUCCAAUCCAAUCCAAUCCAAUCCAAUCCAAUCCAAUCCAAUCCAAUCCAAUCCAAUUCAUUUCCAUUUCCGUUUCGACAGUACAGUUAAGAAAAGAAACCGAAAAAGAACAGAAAAAGAAAAAGAAAAACUAUCUCCCCUCCCCUCGUCAGACCCCAGUCCGUUUUACGUUUUCGAAACGAAAGAAAACGGCGGGAAAUACAAAUCGCCGACGCAGGCAGGCAAGCAGGCAAGACAGGGCCGGCAACUGCUAACUAGUAUGAGUGAGG